AUGGAGGCCUCCUCACAGAGAGGAGAUGGAGGAGGACUAUGGACCAACCCCAGACCCUCCCAGUACACCCAGUACAGACCCUCCCAGUACAGCAAGGACACCCAGGACAUGCUGAGAUUAAUGAUGCAGCAAUCCAGAUUCACCAACCUUCAGAGAAAAAAGAUCAACGAAUGCCUGAAGAAUGGAGCAGCUUUACCACUGACGUCUGAGCCGACAUCAUUAGCUUCCUCCACCAAGCUUAAAACCACUAAAUCUGUCCAGAAACGUCUCCCAUGCAUACCUCAGAGACGCAGCGCUGAAGCUUGUCGCUCUGGGAACAGCUACGUCAGAGAAAAGUUCCAUCCUGGGCCCUCAAGAGAUUUAGAGAAAGAGAAGAGGAGGCUUCAGAAUAUUUUGGCAACAGGAGAAGAAGAGCCAAGAUCUGUCCAAAAUGUUCCUGCAUGUAGGAACCCAGAGGUGGUGGAGCAGAAAGACCGGUAUCAGGAAGUACUAGAUGAGAUAGAGGAGAGAAGACAGUUUCUGGCAGAUAUGUCUUCUCUGGGUCAGGAGAAGCAGUACAUCAACAUCAUUAACAGUGAGAUAUCCCAGAGGAUUCGAGAACUGCAGGUGUUGGACAAGGCCCGCAGUCCCGAGAACGAUGCAAUCACAUCUGAGAGGAACGGGGAGAGAGCAGAGCAGAAAACAUGGAGGUGA